CAAUUCACAGUCGACCACUCCACUUGUCAAUUCAAUGUAACCGAGUGCGGUCGUGUCGCUAUAGGGCUCAUUGUAGUUCGCCACGAAAGCCCUUAAAUAGUGCCUUUUCAAAUGUAGUCCCCUUUGUGCUGCCAAAUCAAAGGCUAAGUUCUGAAUUUCGAGAGGAAAAUCGAUGAAAACAUCAGUCGCGGUCUAGAUCAGUGGUCGACCGUUGCCGAACGCCGUUGAAGCCUAUCCCGAUGGGUUGAGAACGCCUACAUCUCGUGUUUGUGGUCCUACCACUGACGCUGGUACAAAGACAAAUAAAAAAGAGAUAGGUGUGAAAGACACCUCAAGUAUCGCUGAACCCGACUCCAAUGCCGGUCCCCUCGCCCGCCGGAGUCUUCGCGCCGCAUUGAACGCGCCACUCCGCAUCUUUGAUGCGCGCUCUUCCCCUAGAAAAAGUCAUAUACUCACUCUGUCACUUCAUUAUUAUUAAAUUCCUUAACAUCUUCUUCAUCUUAUAGUUUAUUUUUAUUAAUAUAAUUAAAAGAGCAUAAUCAAAAUGAGCAAGAUACUGAAAGUGGUUGGUGCCUCUUGGAUGCAGACCAAGAUCAGCUCCUACAUCCUCGGCUUGCUUGGCAUCCUGGCCAUCUUGGCGCUGUUCUUUGGACAAAUGGAAAGGAGCCAAGAGGAUGGAAACUACGCGGCCACAGUGUUUUAUAACGAGAAAACUGGAUACAGCAUCGAGUUUUGGGGCCAAAGUAACGAACUGUCGCAAAUACAGAGAGGAGUCGCCAGGGCAUAUUUUAGAAUGGAUAUCGAUACAACAGGAUGGUCGCUCUUAGAAGUAGAAACUGAAGGUUCUUAUCCAGACGAAAUCCAAGCUUACGCUGCCGGUAUAGUAGAAGGUGCGCUGACCUGGUCCCUCAUCCACAAACACCUGGAGAACACCAUCCGGGCUAAGUGUGAAGGCACUCCGUUGGAGAAGCAGUGCAACAAGCUGAAAGACACCCUGGAUAAGUCUGUGGACAAGUGGAAGAGCUAUGCCGCUGACCGGAGCAGUACGGACCCCCUGUGGCAUCAGAUAUCCUUAUAUUAUACUCAAAUCAAUGGCAUAUUCACUGGCUGGAAACAUGGAGUAGAAAGAAGCAUGAAUGAAUAUGAUACCGAUAUAUCCGAUCUUUACUGGUUAAAUUCUAUGGCUGAAGUCACUGAAAUCCAACGCAUUUUAAAUAUCACUCUAGAAGAUUCUUAUAUCCAAGCUGUACCGGAUUUGUCAACUGCUUUUGUGAGAAUAGCAAACGAAACGUCUGCGAAUGGAAUACCAACCAAGAAACUCUUUUUAGCUCAAAAUAAGGCUGGAAGUUACUCAUCUAUGACGCGGAUACUCAAGAGAUACAAGCUGAACUACCACUUAACUUCCAAGGACACUUCUAUCAUACCUGGAAAAAUGGUAGACUUCUCUGGGUACCCUGGAUCGAUCACCAGUCAGGACGAAUUCUACCUAAUUCGAGGAGAAGAUCAUAGAUUGGCUGUUACCGGUACUCCCCUGAGAAAUUUCAACGAUAAACUAUGGAAAGAAGUCAAUAUUACCGAACAAAUACCAGCUAGCCCUCGCAUCUUCGCCGCCAACCACCUCGCGGUGAAUGCCAGCAGUUGGGGCCGCGUCUUAGCCAGCAGCAACUCUGGCACUGCCGCAAAGCAGUGGCUAGUCCUUGAUUACAGCAAGUUCACUAGCCAGCAUGACGUCACACCCCCACAUAGACAACUAAACUUACAUUACGAGCACAUAGCACAACUGGAGAGUGAAAUAAACGGUGUGAAGCAUUUCGUGUCGUAUCGCAACAACAGUCGUGGCAAAGGUCUUCUGUACCUCAUCGAACAGAUUCCUGGGCUGACGCACUCCGCCGACAUUUCUGAUGUCCUGUUAGACCAGCAUUACUGGGCUUCAUAUGGACUUCCUUUCUUCAAAGAUGUCGCAACCGCAGUUCACAUCACAUGGAUGGAAGAGAAGUUCGGCAAUAUAUUUUCCUCGACUGAUUCUCCCCGGGCUCUUAUGUUUAAGCGAGGAUAUAAAAACGCAACCUCUUUGGACAGCAUCAUUAAACUGAUGAGGCAGAACAACGUGACGGCUAUAAAUAGAGCUAGCAAUGGAACCUCCGAUUGUUCUGGGCUGGUGUGCCUGGUGGAGGAAGAGGGUUACUGGUCUAUGCUUGGCGUCCGCGGUGAUAUAGUCCAACACAACCGGGAAGCGUAUGGAAUUAUUGACACGAAAGUCGUUUACGGAGAAAUUAACGAAACAUCUGUUAACUUCGCCGCAGUGGCUGGCCCGCCAUAUACAGAGGUGUCACAAGUCAACAACACCAAACUGAACAAGGGUAACAUAGCACCGAUAUACACGCACCAGUUCGACAACAAGCCAAACAUCGAUGGUCUCCAGAUCAAGAACCUGGUACUCCAACAGAUAGAAGAAGCCGAACAGGAAAGCCUGGAGAUCUUGAACAGAAAUGCCGUCAAACCUUUCCAGUGGUCCACUAGCGAUUACAAAAACAGAACACAUAUCGGUCUACCAGAUACUUGGGCGUUUACCAAAUUUCAACCGAAAUGGUCGUGGUGAUUGUAUUUAAUUCUUAAGCAUGAUACCUUAAAGUUACGUAUUGUUGAUAACUAGCAAUAAUUGUACUCAAUUUGCAGGUACCACAGAAAUUUGCCUAUACGUUUUCUAUGCCUAGGUACUUUUUGGCUCAUUUAGGAACCUAAGUUUUUUCAACCAAAAUAUCAAGUGCAGUGGCUUACCUAAGUUAUUGACAAAUAAGAUCACUGGUACUGGCAUCCUUGUACCGAAAUAAUAUGUAACUACCUACUAGUUAAGGUUCACUAUAACAGUUAGGUAACUAUUAUAUUAUUAGGUAACUAUUUUGAUCGGAUUUCUCCGUCGUAUUAUGGUUAACUUAAUUGUAGUGUGUUUUAUUAUUAUACUUUUGAAAGUCAUUUGACAAUAAGUUAAAAACAAAGGUGCUCUAAUGAAUUUGAUGAUUUUGUACUUAAAACUUCGGUUGAAUAAUUGAUUUCUAAUGAUUAAUUACAUUAUUAAUUUUAAGUUCUUAAGUUUUAUCUCAAUGUUUCGAAAUAUCUCAAAAAAAAACUAAGAAAAGAUAAUUCAUAAUAAAUUGAUGCUUAAGGGGAAAG